AUGUCUGUAAUCAGUAGUAGUGCUAUAGCUACGGUAAACGCUAAACGUUUUAGCAUUCGUACACAACGUAAUAUGCGCAAGCGAGGUGGAGCGGCUGGUGGUGGUGGUGGUGGUGGUGGUGCGCCUGCAGCGACAGGUUCUGGUGGUCGAUCUAAUUUGUAUCAGCAAAUGUAUAAUAAUGGUGUUAGAAAUACAGAAAUGAGUAUCAAUGAACAGUUUGUACAUGCAUGCGAAAAUGGAGAUUAUAACGCUGUCCAUCGAAUUCUUGAAGAAAAUCCAAAAUUUAAUAUUGAUGUAACCGAUCAGUUAGGUCGGACGGCCAUACGAUUAGCUAUUGAAAAUGAACAUCUUGAAGUUGUCACCCUUCUUUUAGCAUUAUGCGAUGGACAAAAAAUGCGUGAAGCUCUAUUACUUGCUAUUUAUCUUGGACAUGUACAAAUAGCUGAAGCAUGCUUACGUCAUCCAAAAUUUAAAGUUUUAAACGAGAAGAAAGUGUUCACUGGCAAUGAUGAUUCAUUUUGGCAAACACCAUCAUCAGAUGAUGCACAAUUUGCACCUGAUAUAACACCAUUAAUAUUAGCAUCACAAUAUAAUCGAACUGAAAUCGUGCAGCUACUGUUACGUGGAGGUGAUCGUAUAACAAAACCUCACGACUAUCAUUGCAAAUGUCAAGAAUGUCACAAUAAAUUUGAAUUUGAUUCUUUACGUCAUGCACAAUCCCGUUUGAAUGCAUAUCGUGGUUUAGCAAGUGAAAGCUAUAUUAGUUUGGCAUCGAUUGAUCCAAUUUUAACUGCAUUUGAACUUGGCCAUGAAUUAAGAGAUUUAUCUGGGAAAGAAAAAUAUUUUAAAAAUGAAUAUAUUAAUUUAGCUGAUCAAUUAAGUGCAUAUGCUGUCAAGUUACUUGACAAAGUUCGUGGCCAUAAAGAACUAGAUUGUGUUUUAGGAAAAACGGGAAAGGAGACGGAAGAAAAAUAUGUUCUGUUAGCUAGACUUUAUUUAGCUAUUAAAUAUGAAGAAAAGCCAUUUGUUGCUCAUUCGAAUUGUCAACAAAAAUUAGUCGAAAUCUGGCAUAGUGAUAUUCGUAAUAUAUCUAAAUUAAAUCCAUUAUUUACCCUUUUAUUACUUCUUGCAUAUGUUUUUAUCUUACCAUUUGCUUGUAUAGUUUAUAUCCUAACAUCAUGGUCGGAACGCACAAUAAAAUUUCAAAAAUUUCUUAAACAACCAUGUAUAAAAUUUAUAGGCCAUACAAUAUCUUUUGGAAUAUUUAUUAUUUUAAUAAUUCUAUCAAGUUUAUUAUUUGCUGGAGAAUUUCAAAAGCCAAUGAAACGUUUAAAAGAUAUUUAUCCAAAUGUCUCAGAUGCAUUAAAUCAAUCGAUAGCAUUAUGUGACUCAAUCUAUACAAAUGCUUGUAUUUAUUGUCCGCUUGAUGAUGAUUUUUAUUUUCGACAAAGUACACCAACCUGGAUUGAUAUAGCCAUCACUAUUUUUGUUGUUGGUUUUCUUUGGCAUGAAAUAAAACAAGCUUAUACGGAUGGACUUAACGAUUAUCUUCUUUCAUGGAAUAAUAUUGUUGAUUCAUGCAUGAAUGUUUUAUAUAUAUCAUCCUUUGCACUAAAAUAUUAUGUAUUUUUUAAAGUAAGAUUUGCUAUUGAAACAUUAAGUGGACUGGAUUUCCAAGAUAGUCUUGGACACAUUUUUAAUUUAACUGUCAAUCAACAAUAUCAUGUUUAUCAAACAAUUUAUUGGCUGAAUUCAGAUCGAUUCUAUUGGGUUUCAUUCGAUCCCGUCAAUGUUGCUGAAGGACUUUUUGCUAUUGCAAAUAUAUUUAGUUUUUCACGUAUUUGUUUUCUUUUACCGGCAAUACAACAUUUAGGACCAUUGCAAAUUUCACUCGGUCGGAUGAUGUCUGAUAUUGGGAAAUUUAUAAUUAUAUUUUUGAUUAUUUUUUCUGGCUUUAUGUUUGGUUUAAAUAAUUUAUUUUGGUAUUAUAGUAAAACAGUUCGUGGUAGGGUUGAAAUUGUAGAACAUAAUCCUGAUGGUACAGAAUUACCAGCAGAAAUAUUUUUCGGAACCAUGGGUGGCACAUUUAAGACCGUGUUUUGGUCAUUAUUCGGUUUAUCGGAAAAAGACGGAGUCAGUUUAGGAAAUUAUGACAAUCGUUUUACUGAAUUAAUUGGAUAUUUAAUUUAUGGAACAUUCAAUAUUGCAAGUGUUAUAGUUCUGCUGAACAUGCUAAUCGCUAUGAUGUCGAAGUCUUAUGAAACUAUUGAAGAACAUGCUGAUGUCGAAUGGAAAUUCGCAAGAAGUAAACUUUAUAUGGAAUAUAUUCAAGAAGGUGGAACUCUACCCGUACCAUUUAAUAUCAUUCCAACACCUAAAAGUAUUUUUUAUCUUUAUCAACGUAUAUUUCAUUGUAAAAAAACAUCUUCGCCGGAUUCUCUUCCACAUCAUUCUUCAAUGGAUACUGAUUCUAUACCUGUUAUGAUUCGACGUCCACCAACAAAUGUGCAACCACCAAAUUUUGGCAAAAAUGAUCCUAUACCUACAAUAUCUAAUGGUCAGCCAAUAGAUAUGAAUGAUAAUUAUACGCGACGAAAAUCAUUUGACAUUACUCAAAGAUUAACAUAUCGUAAAGUAAUGGAACGUGUUAUAAAACGAUUUCUUUUACAUAAACAACGUGAAGAACAAGAUGAAAUUCGUGAAGGUGAUUUUGAAGAACUCAAACAAGAUAUUCAAAUGUUGCGCUUUGAAAUGAUGAAUCGAUUGGAUGAAACACGUGAUGAUUUAGCUAGAAAUAGUCUUUUAUUAAAUGAAGGCGUGCUUGUUGUGGGAGAAUUAUUAUCGUCAUUAACACGGGAAACAAAUCCAUUAAUAAAAGAAAAUUUUUAUUCAUUUAAAAAGAAAUUUUUUUCAACAUUAGAUCAAAUCCGUUUAAUUGACAGUGGAAUAGAAUCAAGUGACACAACAACAUCGACAAAUACAGCAUCAGCUCUCAGUACAACAUCAAUGCCUAAUUUAAUAAAUCAUUCAAAAUCAUUACAAAUGAUGUCAACAUCGACUUCUGAACCGUCUUUAUCAACAGAUAAACCAAACGAUUCGGAUAUGAAUCCAGUACAACUUGUGAAACAUUUAAGUGCAGCACAUAUUACAUUAUCAAAUAUUGUAGAAGAAAAUGAAGAAAACGACGAUGAAAGCAAAACGACAGUAGUUGAAGAAAAUGGGAAUGACAGUAAAACGAAAGAAGUAGAAGAAAUUGAAGUUGAAGUUGAAGCGCGUCAUAUAUCAAUUCAAACAUCAAUGCCGAAUGAAGAUGGAGAUGAAGAAAAACCAAAAGAUGACAUAACAGUUUUUAAACUAUAA